CUAUCGUACAUUUCUGAACAUACACGCCGUUAAUCCCGCGUCGGAUAGUCGUUUUGGAAAAUUAGUAGGUUUAUCUUCAAGUUAUGUUGAUCCAUUACAUUGCGAUAUUGUACUUCAUUAAAAUAUUAUGCCUUAAACAAGCCGCCGCCCUUGAGAGACAAAGAAGAUACCUUAUAUUCACGCCAAGCACACAAUGGGGUGUAUUCGCUACGGUGUCUGUCCCACUUCCAGAACCAGACACAUUAGUCAGUGUGGCGUGGUUCUUUGAAGCCAAUUACUACAACGUGGCAAACGCUUCAUAUUUUGACCCAUUGCUUGGUGACAUUGAACUUUCAAGUCUUCGUACUCAACGCAGUAUAUCAAAUCUAUUAACCAGGCGCUGUUUAUAUACAUUUGUGGAAAACAUGCUUGAGAGACACGGUUAUCCGGGGCGGGAAUGCUUACUCAGAGCGAUUUGCGAAAGCUCCUCUCAGUUUCUACAUAACGGCGUUUUGGGAGAUUUACUUCAUCUGCUACUCACACCUUCAACAUCAAUUUCUGAAGAAGAUGUAGAAGAUAUUUACUAUGAGGCAGAGUACUGGGGUUUGGAAGGAAAAUGCGACCACUACAACUAUCACUGUCCUUCGAAUCCUGUAGAUAAUAUCUCUGUUGACUUAAAAUAAAUAAUGUAAUGAUAAAAAAAAAUUCAAACAAUGAAUGGACAAUUGAUGAAAUUAACAAUAUUAUUAUGAUUGACAGUGGCCCUAGGGGUGUAAAAAGUCUUAUUGUGUCAAAUAUUAUUAGCCCUAAUGGCUUUGACAGUGCUGCCAACUGAAGAGAGCAAGAUUUUCACAGAAAAUAUAAUUUUUCUUAUAAUAAUAAUAAGGAAAUCCGUAAUAAAAUAAAUGAUUCAGAAAAUAAUUAAUGGUGAAGUCGGAAAUUGUUGAACAACAUUAAUGACAUUCGUAUAAUAAUUACUUCAUGUUACGAAUGAAUAUUAAUAAACUUGCUCGGUUUUCCUUUUAUAUUGCGGUCGCGAAUUCUAUUUUCUGCUCCAAACGUUUAAAUGAAUACUAACCACAAAACCAAAACAAACCGAACGAACCUCACGCCGUUCCGUAAAAAAAAAAAAACAAUUAUCUCUUCGGUCAAAAGUCUAAGUAAAAACGAAAAAUACCACAUCACCAACG